GUUAUGCAACCCCCAUCGCGACGGUAGCCACCGGCGCGCCCCUCGGCUCCGCCCGCCCCGUCGGGGCAUUUCCCCGGGACCUCGGUGCGGCUACCCGCCCGGAGGGACCGGCAUCGGGGCGCGGACCGGGACUGCUACUCGUACCCGGGCCGGGCCGGAGCCGGCGGGGCGGGCGCGUCGCCUUGCCCCGCGCCGAUGCGAAAGAAGGGCCCGGGGAACGCCGCGGCGCUCCGAGGAGCCGGUAGCGGGCGGUGAGUAGCGCCUCGUCCUCGCCGGGGCAGGGACGGGAACCGGGCGCGGCUCCCUGCCCAGACGGGCCGUGCAGGUGCUGCCGACGGAGCGGGCUCUCACGCUGGGCUGGGCAGGAGUUCGCCUGCCGCCUCGCUCGUUGCUGUCCGUUUUCCCCGCUUUUUUUGGUGAAGGAAAUGCUCGAACUCUGGCGGGUGCUUUGGGAGUUUGGUGGCCCGGGGCUGGGGAGGGUCCCAUCCGAGCGAAGCGGCCGGCAGUACCUGCGCCCGCAGCGCACCCUGACGUGCCCAGACCCCGCCUGUUGCGGCGGCUCAGACUGCAGGUCCCCGCGGCCACCGAGCCCCGCGGUGCAUGAGAGCUGGAGGAAAAGAGCGAUCUUUUCUCUCGGUGCCGGACAUCCGUAGCGUGACGCCGGGCUCGGCUCGGCUCGGCUCGGCUCUUCCCUUCCCGUCUGCCGGCUCCCGGCGCCGUGAUUGACACCGCCGGCCCCUCCGCCCGCCCCGCAGCACAUCCCAUCCCUCCCCGGCGGCCGCUCGCCGUGCCCGGGAGGCGGGGAAGGGCCUCCCCAGCCCUUUGACACCGUCUCGGCAGGAGUUUCACUUCGCUUUCGCCGCCGCCGCCGCCGCCACUUCUGCAGGCAAACACCCCCGGCUUCCAUGUGACGCCUCCCAGCCACUGAAUGGGGAAAGCGCCUAUAAGGGAGACACUUUCCCUUCGUGCAGGAGAAAAGGAGGGGACGAGGGGGGCAGAAGCAGGAGGUGGUGGUUGAGGGGAAGAGAAGACAGAAAAUAAAUUAAUAAAUCUCAGGGAACGAAUUGGGGGGGAGGGGGGGAGAGAAAUUGACACUCCGGGAAAGAAAUUAGUGGGAUUAUUUAUUUGUUGCCCCCCGGUCUCCUCUCGCUGACAGAGCUCGGUCCGCCGUUGCGGUGCUCGGCGCUGGCUACAAAGGGCCCCGGGGAAGUUUCUUGCUCCCAACGCCCUUCCCGGGGGGGCAGAGGGUUUAGGUUGUUUUCUGUUGGAUUUAUUUUUUUUAAAUUUCCCUUCCCCACCCCCCGUCUGGAAGGAGGGGGUCUCGUUCGCACCUCCCUGGAUGGUGCGGUAGAAAGGAGGGGAGUGAGGGGGUGGGAGGGGGGGCUCGUGGUGGGAGGCUGCCGCGCCUGCUUCUCCUGCAUUGGUGUCUCCCCUAUGGACGAAAACAGCCCUCUGUCUCCCAAGGCAAAUGCUUUCAGUAUCGCCUCUCUGAUUUCAGUCGCCGCCGCCGAGCAAGCAGGGAAAGGAGCGCUGGAGGAGCGCCGCGGCGGCCGCAGCGCGCCCGCCCGCCCCGGCUGCCGCCCGGAGAAGAUGCACUUCAGCACCGUCACCAGGGACAUGGAAGCUAUCUCCAGCCCCUGGCUCACCCAGCUGUCCCAUUUUUGCGAUGUUGCAGCUUUCACGGCCAACAGCCUGAGCAGCCUGAACGCCUCCGGGGGGUACCACCUCUCCCCUUCCCCGGGGGACCCGUACGGACAGCAUGAGCCGCCGCACUACGAGCCCUGCACGGCUCAGCAGCACCCGCACCCGCCGCCCCAGCCCCAGCACGGCUACCCUUUCGGCGGGGCGCCGGCGGCGGCCGGGACCAACCCGCCGCCCCCAGGCCCCGAGCAGCCCGAGGGCGCCGGGGGAGCCGCUGCGGGGCCGGCCACAGUCUCGGGCUGCUCCGCGGGGUCGGCCACCGCGGCCAAGGCGCCGGUGAAGAAGAAUCCGAAGGUGGCCAACGUGAGCGUCCAGCUAGAGAUGAAGGCGCUGUGGGACGAGUUCAACCAGCUGGGCACCGAGAUGAUCGUCACCAAGGCAGGCAGGCGCAUGUUCCCCACCUUCCAGGUGAAGAUAUUCGGGAUGGACCCUAUGGCUGACUACAUGCUCCUCAUGGAUUUCGUCCCGGUGGAUGACAAGCGAUACCGAUACCAGCCGCGUUUUCACGUGGUCUACGUGGACCCCCGGAAAGACAGCGAGAAGUACGCGGAGGAGAACUUCAAAACUUUCGUCUUCGAGGAGACGCGUUUCACGGCAGUGACCGCCUACCAGAACCACCGGAUCACGCAGUUGAAGAUCGCCAGCAACCCUUUUGCCAAGGGAUUCAGAGACUGUGACCCUGAGGACUGGCCCAGGAACCACAGGCCAGGGGCUCUUCCUCUCAUGAGUGCUUUUGCCAGAUCCCGGAAUCCAGUCUCUUCCCCAGCCCACCAGAAUGGGACAGAGAAAGAUGCUGCCGAGAGCCGGCGGGAGUUCGAGCGGGAGGCGGGCGGGACGGCGCUGCACCAGGCCGAGGCCGCGCACCAGCAGCUCAUGUCCCGCGUGCUCAGCCCCGCGCUGCCGGGCGGAGGCGGCGGGCUGGUGCCGCUGGCCGGGGCGCCCGGGGGCCGGCCCAGCCCGCCGCACCACGAACUGCGCCUGGAGCCCGCCACGUCGGAGCCCCUGCAUCACCAUCCCUACAAGUACCCGCCGGCGGCAGCCGCCGCCUACGACCACUACCUGGGGGCGAAGAGCCGGCCCGCCCCCUACCCCCUCCCCAGCAUCCGCGGGCACAGCUACCACCACCAUCACCACCACCAUCACAUGAACGCGGCGGCGGCGGCGGCGGCGGCCGCCAACAUGUACUCGCCGGCCGGGGCGCCCGCCGGCUACGACUACGGGCCCCGGUAACGGGGCACCGGCGCCACGAGAGACACCGCGCUCCCCCUUCCCGCCUUUCCCUCACCUCCCGCCUUACGAGUGAGCUGGUUGGCCAGCUUGCCCUGAUCGACAGCCGGACAGCCCAAUCGCCAGCAGCCGGGCCCCGACCCGCGCCUCGCCCUGCGGGGGCUGUGAGGGCGGAGGUGCCGGGAGCUCCAUCGCGGUGUGACCCGCGGCUGCACUUUGAUAAAUGAAGCCAUAUGUCCUUAUCUCCCUGUUCCCCAGCGCCUCCAUUCGUGCCGGGCACCGAGGACCGUCGGGCGGCUGGGAUGCGGUGGGAGGACGGGGAUGCGGCAGCGGUGAAGUGGGUUGUCCCCUCUCACUCAACCGCCGGCUGUUCUGAUGGAGGUUUGGUGUUACCGCCGGUGUUGGCGGUGCCCACGGGUGUUUUCUGCCCACGGGGCCUGUGCGUGAGCACCGAGCAGGGGCUGUGGGGCCGGCUGUGAGCCGCGUGUCGUCCUGCAUAUGUCGGUGUCAGUCUGUCCCAACCCAGGGCACCCCGAGGGCUCGGUCACAGAUGGCUCAGGUGGUUCUUUGAGGAGAUUUCUUGGGGGAAGCAGAAUUUAGUUUAAGGGAACGCUUUGAAUCCUCACUGCCAGAACAAAUUUUCCACUUCUCCUCCGGCUCUGACCCACUCGUAAGUUUUGGGGUUCACUGCGAUGCCGUAACCAUAGCAGCACUUUCUGGCGCUGUUGAGACUGGCCUGUGGCCAAGAGCACAGCCACGUGCAGCUGUGUUUGCAUCUUGUUUUCCCAACAAUACAUGCAAAGGUUUAAAAACCAGCCUGGGGGUGAGGGAAUAUCUGCAAAGUUCAGGCUCUGUGUUCUCACCUGCUUCCCAGGCAGCCUCUCGCAGUCCUGCCUUCACGCAUCCUUUCACAAGCUCUUGAAUGCUCUCCCGUGGAGGUGCCUUUUAGAGGGAUUUCAGGGUGUUUUUUCUCAGACUGCCUCACCCCUUAUAUUUGGCUGACCCAAACUGCAGUAGUCCUAAAGCACCUAUUCUGCACUACCUGCUUGCUGCAUCUUCCCUCUUAAUGCUGGUAAGUACUUUUUUUCUUUUUUAAUCUCUUCAUUCAGUAGUCAUUCCUUACUGUUAAAAAGAUGGCCCUGUUCAUCACAGUUUCCCCAGUGAUGUGUUUUGAAUAGUUAGCUUGUGUUUUUGUCAGAUACUCAUAGAAGGCAGUCCCUUUGUGUUCAGAGAAGGUAUUGAGCAGCUCCUCAGCUGUGUUGGUAUACAGUAUUAUGAACACUUUACCGAUUCUUCCACAUGACUCUAUUAAAAGAUGGGGGUUUUUUCCUCUAAAAUAAUCUAUUAAUCCAUGUUUGUGCAUUUUCAUUACAAACCCUUUAAAACAUGUUCUUUCCCUUGUGCAAGUGGCAGUGUUAAUAGCAAUGUUUAUUUUGUCUCUGGCAGUGGGCUUUGGGCUUCCAAAACCUUUUUGGAAAGGUUUAAGAAGGGAUACAGGCUACCAUGAAUAUUUUAUGUAAUUUUUUUUCUGUUAAAAAAUAUAUCUGGAUGCAUAAAAAAAGACUUGUGCAAGAAAUAUGUAUUUUAUUUGACAUUUGCAGUGAAUUGUGAGAUUCUUAGUGUCUGACUAAACCAUAAUUAAUGUUCUCAGAAUGGCUGAUGUAAAAUAGCCUUGUGCUUAUUAUUAGUCAGUGGGAAAUGGCUCUCGGAUGUGCUCUAUUGCUUUGCCGCUGUUAUUUCAGAGUUUUCGGUAUGAUUUGUUAUCUGUAAACUGAUUAGUGCCAAAGAUUUGGUCAAACUUUUAAUGAAGUUGUUAUAUUUAUUAUUUCCUUCAAAGAUUAUACAAACACUUUUUUUUUUUCUUGAUAGUUGCAGUGUAGGAAAAAAGUGAAGACAACCAAAGAAUCAUAUCUGCAAACAGUGUAGAUACAUGUAGAUAUUUGUAGAUAUAUGUAGAUAAUCUUAUUUCAUUUAAAUUGAAAAGACAUUGGACAGUGACAUUUAUAAAUACUUUUCCUCUUCUUUCUUUCCUUCA